CACAGAGACGCUCACACAUCUUCUUCCAUCUCUGAUCCCGCUACUUCUCCUUCCUCAAAUGUCUCUGAACCACCUAUGAACUCCUCGACGUCUACAAACGCUGAAAUCUCUCUCACCCCACAUCCCAAUGAUCCAUCCCAACCCUCUGCAGCCGGAUCCUCCACUUCGUCACCCUCGUCGCAUUUACCGGUACCCCCCGACCAUCCCCAUCUUAAUGGUGGUCGAAAUACGAGGACGUCCGGACCGAUAUCACCCUCCACGUACCAGAGCCCUCCGUUUCAUACCCAUCAGUUCUUCAAGGUGCUCGAGGAGACAUUCCCGACCGCCACAGCGCGAAGUCUGAUGCGCGCGACGAGAGCUCUGCUUGUGGAUCGUAUUGGUCGCGUACAGCGUGAGGGUCUCACAAAUAAGGACUUGGAUAACCAAGCGUACCUAUUUCGUGCUGCUCUCUCAGAGGCGCGAACUGAGGUGACCAUGCGUGCUCGUAGCGAGUCAGCCGGCAUACAGACUCAGUCCUCUGCUCUACGGAGAGAGGUUGACGCGCUCGACGCGAAGAUGAAAGAGGAACUGUCGACUCUCAGACACGAGAUUCAAAUGGAUGUGGAUAGUCGAAAGAAUGAGGAGAAGAAUGAAGAGAAGAAGCGAGACAUAGCGAUUGAGGAAAUCUUGAACAAGUCACUCGUUUCUCUCUAUGAACUCCGCUCCGACAUGGAAGAAGUGAGAUGGGACAAUAUGCGCAAGUCUGUUGCUGCAUUAUCUGCCUUCCUUGUCGUGAUCAUCCUGUCCAUGGAACUUCGACCAAGGCCAAAGCCUGUGCCUCCGCAACUCGCUCAAGUUCCUCCCACCAUGUAUAAUACUCAGCAUAAUCCUCAACCUCACUUCGAAGGCCUGGACAAGAUGGACACGAUGACAUAACCUCUUGUUUAUAUGCCGAGGAUGCGGGCAUGCUCGGACAGUCCGGUUCUUUUUAUGCUAGACCCGUGUGGACUUGGAAUGUGGAAGACUAUGUCCAGUGUAUAGUAAAAUGUCCUAUAAUCUUCUCGCCAACCCCCACUUCUUCCUGCCCACGCGAUUGACGUCCACUCGCUUCACGAAUUCUCCCGUCGCUCAUUUGCUUAAAUGAUCACCCCCUCAUCUGCAUCCCACAUACGUAGACCGUCGUCUACAAUACUCCGAGUAAUAUCAUGCUUAUAUAUCCCUAGUCAUACAUAACAGACCCUGUAUAACAGCCGUCUACACAUCGCUCGCCUGUCCAGAUUUUCCUUCCCAUCCCGCAUCAAUUCAUUGAACAUCGAGCUUGCUCAACUUCUCUGCCACCGCAUCCGCAUCCGCCGAAUCCGACUUGUCCUUCUCGCUUGUGUUUGGCGUAUCCUGAGUAUGAGCUGGACUAGCACUAGCACUGACGCUCUUGGCCCCCGACUCUCCUCUCGGCUUAUCAUCCUCAUCGCUAUCCCAGUUAUCCCUGACCUGCUCAUCAUCAUUCGUCUCUUUCUUCUUCUGCCUCCUCUUCUCGUUCUUCUUCUGUGCCUUGCUCAGAGCCUUGCCCUCACCACCCGCACCUCCACCUCCGCCUGACCCUCCAAGGCUAGGAAAGUCUCCUGCUCCUGGUACCCCGCGUGAUGAUGAAGAUGAAGGCUUUUUGGAAGCGGAGGACGGAGGGACCCAGCCGGGGAUAUGGCCAGCUGGAAGGGCGCGAGACUCGAUGGCUUGUUGACGAGUGGAGCGAAAACGCUGGACGUCUUCUUGUGGGGUAUAUCCCGGGCGUAUCUUGAGUUGUUUACGCACACUUCCAUCUGGGCGGCGUGAUUCUGGGAUGACACGCUCGAGUGUACGGGGAUCGACAGCAAUACCUGCUGUCGUCUUCUUCGGGUUGAGAGGUGGCAGAGACAUUAUAUGACCUGUAGUGGAUAUUUGCAAG